CUUGAAAAAAAAAUGUUCAAGAAGAUCAACACUCCACAACUCAUCAACAAGACCGCUUCCACUGGUGCUCGUUUGUUCUCUACCAAGAUGAACAAGCAAAGUGUCAAGAAGGUACCAAUGAUCAUCAAUGGUGAAAAGAGAAUUUCCCAAUCCAAGGAAUGGUACGAAAUUCACAAUCCAGCCACCAAUGAAGUCAUUGCUAUGGUCCCACAAUCAACUGAUGCUGAAAUGGCUGAAGCUGUUCAAAACUCAAAGCAAGCCUUUGGUGAAUGGAGAGAUUGGAGUGUUUCUCGUAGAGUUAGAGUCUUGUACAAACUCAGACAAAUGCUCGAAGAUAAUACUCAAGAAUUGGCUCAAAUGAUCACUGAAGAACAAGGUAAAACUUUGAAGGAUGCUGAAGGAGACAUUUUCCGUGGUAUUGAAGUUGUUGAACAUGCCUGCAAUAUGUCUGUUCUCCAAAUGGGUGAUACUACUGAAAACAUUGCCAAGCACAUUGAUAUUUACAGUUAUAAGCAACCUUUGGGUGUUACUGCUGGUAUUUGUCCAUUCAACUUCCCAGCCAUGAUUCCAUUGUGGAUGUUCCCAAUGGCUGUUGCUACUGGUAAUACUAUGGUUUUGAAGCCAUCUGAACGUGACCCAACUACUGGUGUCAGAAUUGUUGAAAUGGCUUUGGAAGCUGGUUUGCCAAAGGGUGUUGUCAACGUUAUUCAUGGUAAGAAGCAAACUGUUGACUUUAUCUGUGAUGCUCCAGAUAUCAAGGCCAUCUCAUUCGUUGGUGGUAACACUGCUGGUGAAUACAUUUAUGCUCGUGGUACUGGUAAUGGUAAACGUGUCCAAGCUAACUUGGGUGCCAAGAAUCAUGCUGUCGUUUUGCCAGAUGCUAGAAAGGAAGAUACUAUUAAUGCCUUGUGUGGUGCUGCUUUUGGCGCUGCUGGUCAAAGAUGUAUGGCUUUAACUACUGCCAUUUUGGUUGGUGAAGCUAAGGCAUGGCUUCCAGAAAUUGUUGCCAAGGCCAAGACUUAUAAGGUUAAUGUUGGUUCUGAUCCAACUGCUGAUGUUGGUCCAUUGAUUUCACCUCAAUCCAAGACUCGUGUUGAAAGCUUGAUUGCUUCUGCUCAAAAGGAAGGUGCCAAGAUUGAUUUGGAUGGUCGUGGUGUCGUUGUUAAGGGUUAUGAAACUGGUAACUUUGUUGGUCCAACCAUCAUUUCAGGUGUUAAGAAUGUUCACACUUGUUAUAAGGAAGAAAUCUUUGGUCCAGUUAUGCUCAUCAUGACUGCUGAAAAUUUGGAUGAAGCUAUUCAAAUUAUCAACUCUAAUCCAUACGGUAAUGGUACUGCCAUCUUUACUAGAUCUGGUCCAGCUGCUCGUAAAUUCCAAUUCGAAGUUGAUGCUGGUCAAAUUGGUAUUAACUUGCCAAUUCCAGUUCCUCCACCAUUCUUCUCAUUCACUGGUUCAAGAGCUUCAAUUAGAGGUGAUUUGAACUUCUAUGGUAAGGGUGCUGUUCAAUUCUACACUCAAACUAAGACUAUCAUGUCUAACUGGAGAGAAGAUGAAAGUGGUAUGAGCUUUGGUACUGUCAUGCCAACUUAUAAGAAGUAAAUUAAUGUAAAUUAGAAAGAAUGCGGAUUAUUUAUUAAAUUAUAUCAAUUUCAUUGUAA